AUGACGACCGAGUCCGGUGAAGCCUACGAAAGGUCGGCGUCCGAUGCCUUCGAGUACGGGCCCGCACCUGAAGGCGGCGCCCGUGCCUGGCUCGUCGCGGCCGGCAGUGGUGCCAUCUUCUUUGCCACCUUGGGCUUUGCCAAUUCGUUCGGUACCUUUGAACAGUACUACCUGACUCACCAACUGCGAGAAUCUUCGGCUUCUAGCGUCUCAUGGAUUGGCUCCCUGGCCAUAUUUCUCCAGUUCUUUACUGGCAUGCUUAGCGGACCCUUGUUUGAUCGCUAUGGUGCAAAGAUUAUGUGGCCAUCCGCUGCCCUUUACGUCUUCGCCAUGAUGAUGCUAAGUCUGUGCUAUACAUACUGGCAGACGAUGCUGGUGCAAGGUGUCCUGAUGGGCGUUACAAUGGGGCUUUUGCAAAUUCCAGCAUUUGCCGCCGUCUCGCAAUACUUUGAUAAGAAUCGUGCCGCUGCCUUGGGUCUGGUGGCUUCUGGUUCGUCCAUUGGUGGCAUUGUAAUACCCAUCGCUUUGUCGAAAAUGUUAAACGAGACCUCGCUUGGCUUUGGCUGGUCCGUCCGCAUAAUUGGCUUUCUGAUAUUGCCUUUUAUGGUGCUGGCCUGUCUGGGCAUCAAGGCGCGUCUACCCCCACGGGAUACCGAAUUCUGGCUUUUAUCGGCUUGCAAGGACAUACGAUUCCUCCUUCUAAUUGUCGCCUUAUUUUUCAUGUUCUUUGGAAUGUUUACUCCGUUCUUCUUCCUCCCCACAUAUGCUACCUCACAAGGGAUGAGCCCGACCCUCGCUGGCUAUCUACUCUCUAUUCUCAACGCCGCUUCUACAUUUGGCCGUAUCAUCCCAGGUGUUCUUGCCGAUAAGUAUGGCCGUAUCAACAUGUUCGGCUUCGGGGGCGUCAUUACCGGCAUCGUCAUUUUCUGCAUGAAUAGCGCCACUAGUAACGCGGGUUUGAUCGUGUAUUCGAUUUUUUUCGGCUUCGCCUCUGGCACUAUCAUUUCGGGUGGAUCCGCUGCGUUUUCUACGAGUCCGCAAGACGCCCGCAAUAACGGAACGUACAUGGGCAUGGGCAUGGCCAUUGCCGGCAUCGGGGGGUUGAUUGGCCCACCGGUGAACGGGGCCAUCGUCAACACCUACGGGGGUUUUUUCCAAGUAUCCAUGCUCAGCGGCGCUUUGUGCAUGGUCGGCGGCAUGGUUGCGUUUACGGCGAAGAUGUGGACGCCGCAAGGUCUCAUGGGGAGAACCUGA